AAGAGGAACCGAGAAAAAAGAGUGUGCGGUCUGGUCUGUCUUUUUUAUUGAUUUCAUGUUAAUUGAAAGCGCUAAUCAGGUCGGAAGCCCUUACGCUCGGUUCGGUCUUUGUGUUGAUUCACUCCCAUUCCGCCUGCCUGUUGGCUGGCACGCUCGCCACACUCUUAUCAGCGGUUUUCGCGCGUGUUUUCUGCGAGUGGUGUGUGUGGCCUGGCCUGAGUGAGAAUAUUGUCGCCUCGUCCCCCGAUCCGAUCCGAUACAUCCCAAGAUUAGGCAGCGUGCGCCCACCGAAGCGUUGCAGGAGCGACAUGGACAACACCUCCACCUCGGACAUUGUCAUCAUCAAUGGCAACUCGCAUCCGGAUCUGGCCAACAUGGUCGCCGAGCGCAUGGGCCUGAAGAACGGCGGCUGUUCCGUCUUCCACAAGUCCAAUCGUGAGACAAUUGUCGAGAUCAGUGACUCGGUGCGGGGCAAGGACAUCUACAUCAUCCAAACGGGCACCAAGGAUGCCAACAACAACAUUAUGGAGCUGCUUAUCAUGGCGUAUGCGUGCAAGACCUCGUCGGCUCGCUCCAUUGUGGGCGUGAUCCCGUACUUGCCGUACUCGAAGCAGUGCAAGAUGCGCAAACGUGGCUGCAUCGUCUCGAAGCUGCUGGCCAAGAUGAUGUGCACCUCGGGCCUCACGCACAUCAUCACAAUGGAUCUGCACCAGAAGGAGAUUCAGGGCUUCUUCGACAUACCCGUGGACAAUCUGCGGGCAUCGCCCUUCCUUCUGCAGUACAUCCAGGAGAGCAUACCCGAAUAUCGGAAUUCCGUGAUUGUGGCCCGCAAUCCAGGCGUGGCCAAGAAGGCCAACUCGUAUGCGGAGCGUUUGCGCCUGGGCCUGGCCGUCAUCCACGGCGAGCAAAAGGAGGCUGAGAGCGACGAGGUCGAUGGCCGUUACUCGCCACCACCGACCAGUGCGUAUAGCAAUUUAUUAGGAAAUUCAGUUGAAAUGUGCUUACCGGCGGCGCCUAGAAACUCUACCCCACAACACGCACCCAUAAGCAGCAGCAGCCGUCAGCGCACCACCUCGGUGUCGGUGGGUGUGCCGGAGCAUCCAGUGAAGGUCAAGCCACCGCUCACGAUUGUGGGCGAUGUCAAUGGACGCAUAGCCAUCAUGGUGGAUGAUCUAAUUGAUGAUGUUCAAUCGUUUGUGGCCGCCGCUGAGAUGCUUAAGGAGAAUGGUGCCUGCAAGAUCUACGUGCUGGCCACGCACGGUCUGCUCAGCUCGGAUGCGCCACGUCUGCUGGAUGAGUCCUGCAUUGAUGAGAUCGUUGUCACCAAUACCAUUCCACACGAGAUACAGAAACUGCAGUGCCACAAGAUCAAGACGAUCGACAUCUCCAUACUGAUCGCUGAGGCUAUACGUCGCAUUCACAACAAGGAGUCCAUGUCGUAUCUCUUCCGCAAUGUCACCCUGGAGGACUAGGUGGACAUCGCUCCACACAACCCACACUCGCAGUCACACACACACACACACACUCAGCCACACUUUCAGCUCAUUUUGUUGAGGUCACAAAAAAUGUUUCAUCCAAGGAUGUUCUUCUUUAUAUUGUUUGUUUUUUUUUCGCUUUAGCAAAUCAUUGGAAAGAGUCGUCGCUCAGCGCUCGCUCGUUUUGCUCAAAAAUAAACAAAAGAAUCCAAUACA